AUGCGCCUACGAAGCAAUGCUGUCGAGAAGAAGUGGGAUGAACACUGUUGCAAUCUUCCCUCCACAAUACCGACUGAUGUGGAGGAUAGGCAAAACCGAAGAUCAUACCGCUUUGUGGCGCUUUUGCGUUGUGCCACUGUCCCUAGUGUUCUGGUCCUAGCUGGGGUGUUGGUUUUUGUCCUCUCUCCCUCCACCACAACUUCCUCGAUGUCAUUGCGAUUGCUAUCCAUACCACGGCACACCAGCAUUGUUGAAGACGAUGGACCUCCUCCGGAUCUUAUGGUUCACGGAAGUCGUAGCUAUUACACACCUUGUCCUCCCGAAUUCCGCAAGCGUGCUUGGGCUGGUUUUGCCAAAGAUACCCAUGUGAUUCGUGCCUUUCGAUCUCAAGGGUGGUAUGCCAACGACAGAGAUGAAUACAGUUGGGACGACAAGGCAGCCAUUGCGACAUACCGAUUCUUGUACAAACGGAAAACACAAAGUAACAAGGAUUAUGCUGUGGGUCAGCCAUGGCAGCGCUUCAGUCGCAUUCCAGGGUGUAGUAAAAAAAUGGGACAGAAGGACUCCUUUCAAGCCGGGUUUCGCACGUUGCAAAAACAAUAUGAUGCCACUCACAAUGAUGGCCGAGAUCUCAUUUACUUUCUUCCAGAAACCUAUCAGCUGGAACACACCAAGGAUCGUCGAAAGUUUGAGGCAAGAAUUCUGGAAGAAAAAAAGCUGGGACGCAAUCGACCCUGGGUAUUGAAAAAGGCAGACAUCAACAAUGGCCGUGGAAUUGAGAUGCUACCACCAGACUCCGAAGCACUCUAUACUGCAACAGCUAGAGCCAAGGAAGAUGAUGACCACAAUUACAUUGUGCAGUCCUAUGUCUGCAAUGAGCUGACAUGGUUCAAUGGCAAAAAGUUUGAUCUGAGGUUCUAUUGGCUUGUUGCCAGUGUAGACCCGUUGAUAGUCCUCUAUCAUGAUGGUUACGCCCGUGUUGCUGGGGCCAUGUACAAUGAAUCAGACUGGGGAUCCACAGGGCAGCAUUUGACCAACCAUCAGUUUCGAAAGGAGAUGGGACAACCCACCGAUGAGGAUGUUCUGUGGGAUGCACUUUGGCGAAGAGUAAGAGAGCAUUAUGCUGCCAACUAUGAAAGGCUGUCUCAACUGAUUGUAGGUGAUGACCCUGUCAGGCAUGUGCGGAAUCAGAUCAAAGAGGCCCUUAGUGCAACGGUGGAAGCCUUUAAGGAUUCCUUAACUGGAAAAACAGAAGACACCAAAGUGACAACAGAGAACAAUUUCGCCUUUUAUGGGUCUGACUUCAUCAUUGAUGCUGACUUGGAUGUUUACUAUCUCGAAGCUCAAUCAAGCCCAGGACUGGGGCAGAGUCUUGAUUUCCGAAUUGACAUGUUUCGAAGCCUCUUUCGUCCCAUGGUCAACAUUGUUGAAGAAAUUGCUGACAAGCAAGAAAAGGAUGCAAAGGCAAACUUGUUGCCGAUUGAGUCACUUGGAGACUAUGAGAUUAUUUAUGCAGGUGAUGACUGGCGGUAUGAAUUCAAAGGCUACAAACGAAGAAAAGACAAGAAGGGAUGCCAGCUGUCUCCAAAGCAAAUGAGUGACACGCUUUGGAGCCCUAACUAA